GUCGCGGCCGCCCCGGCUCCAAGAUGGCGCAGGCGAUCUUCGAGGCGCUGGAAGGAAUGGAUAAUCAGACGGUGCUGGCUGUGCAGUCCUUACUGGAUGGUCAGGGAGGUGUAACGGACCCGUCUGCUCAAAGUGUCAGCUCCUCCACCGCCAUCCAGCCCAUGGAUGACGAAGACGUCUUCCUGUGUGGGAAGUGCAAGAAGCAGUUCAAUUCCUUGCCUGCCUUCAUGACCCACAAGAGAGAGCAGUGCCAGGGAAGCACCCCUUCCCUCUCAACAGUCUCGCUGGCCAGCAACAGCGUGUACAGCCCCCCCAUCACAGCGGUGCAGCAGGCUCCGAGCGCCAACCGACAGCAAAUUUCUACAUACAUCACCGUUCCCCCAUCACCUUUGAUUCAGACCCUGGUGCAGGGGAACAUCCUGGUUAGCGAUGAGGUGCUGAUGUCGGCCAUGUCCGCGUUUACAUCCUUGGACCAGCCCAUGCCCGCGGUGCAGCCCCCGGUGCAGAGCAGCCUGAGUAUGCACGCUGGGGCUGGUUACCUCUCGCAGCCCCCCCCGCCGCCGCCUCCCCCGCCGCCGCCUCCUCCUCAGCCCCCGCCGCCUCCCCCGCCAAGCCUGGGGGCUCCAGGACAGCCCAGCGCGGGCGGCGGCGGCGUGGUCGAAGUGUACAGUGCUCCUGCUCCUCUGGCAGCAAGCAGCUCGGUGGAGAUCCAGGCGCUGGGCAUGCAGCCCUACCCGCCCAUGGAGGUACCAAGCCAGUGUGUGGAAAGUCCUGUGUACCCCUCUCCCCCUGUGUACAGUCCUGGGAAGCAGGGCUUCAAGUCCAAGAGCACCAGUGCUCCCACACCUUUGACCAGCUCAGGAGGAGGCAAUGUGGUUGGUUUUGAUUCCACCUCCGCUGUCAAAAGUAGGCGUUCCAAAAAUGAGAGUGGGCUGCAGGAAGGGAAACCAAAGUCCCCCAAGCUGAAAUGCACUUACUGCGACAAGGCCUUUACCAAAAACUUUGACCUGCAGCAGCACAUCAGAAGUCACACAGGCGAGAAGCCCUUCCAGUGCAUCGUGUGUGGCCGAGCCUUUGCCCAGAAGUCCAAUGUGAAGAAACACAUGCAAACCCAUAAAGUCUGGCCUCCGGGGCUGGGCUGCACCAUCUCCCGCAACUCCAUCACAGUGCAGGUCAUGGCCUUGAACCCCAACCAGACGGAGGAUGAGGAGAACACAGGUUUGACUCAGCCCUCGAGGAACCCCGCACAACCGCCCCAAGACAUGAGCCCCAUGGAGGAGAGUGAGGCAGGCAAACUGGAAGCCAAGCAGGUUGUCUUGAUCGACAGCUCUUACCAGUGCCAGUUCUGCCCCAGCAAAUUCAACACCUAUUUCCAGCUCAAAUCACACAUGACACAACACAAGAACGAGCAGGUGUACAAGUGUGUGGUGAAGAGCUGCGCUCAGACCUUCCAGAAGCUGGAGUCUUUCCUCGACCACAUCAAGAGUCACCAGGAGGAGCUGAGUUAUCGCUGCCACCUCUGCAGCAAGGACUUCCCCUCUCUGUAUGAGCUGGGCAUCCACCAGUACUCCCACAGCCUGCUGCCCCAGCACAGCCCCAAGAAGGACGUGGCCGUGUACAAAUGCGUGAAGUGUGUAAAUAAGUACUCCACCCCAGAAGCCCUGGAGCAUCAUCUGCAGACAGCAACGCACAACUUUCCCUGCCCUCACUGCCAGAAGGUGUUUCCCUGCGAGAGGUACCUGCGCCGCCACAUCCCCACGCACGGUGCGGGCAGCAAGUUCAAGUGCCAGAUCUGCAAGAAGUUCUUUCGCCGCGAGCACUACCUCAAGCUGCACGCCCACAUCCACUCGGGUGAAAAGCCUUUUAAGUGCUCAGUGUGUGAUGCAGCUUUCAAUCGGAAAGACAAACUCAAGAGGCAUAUGCUGAUCCACGAGCCUUUCAAGAAAUAUAAAUGUCCCUUCUCAAGCCACACAGGCUGCAAUAAAGAGUUCAACAGGCCAGACAAGCUGAAGGCUCACAUACUGUCCCAUUCAGGGAUGAAGAUCCACAAGUGCCAGUACUGUAACAAGUCCUUCAGCCGACGAGCCCACAUGAUAGAGCAUCAGCGCUCACACACCGGCAACUACAAAUACCGCUGCCCCACCUGCAGCAAAGGCUUCACGCGCCACAAGUACAUGAAGGACCACAAGUGCCGUCUGGGCUCACCCAAGGACAAGGACCUGCAGCUCAGGAAGCCCCAGAAGAAACGGGUGGCACGGGGGCGCAAGGUGGGCCUGUCCAUCCCCAACCAGCUGGCUCUGGCAGAGCUGAAAGACGGUGCCGCUGGGGAAAGCCCCCAGGACGACAGCCCGAACAAAGAACCGUUUCAGGAGUCGGACGCAGUCCUGUCCAUUGUGGUGGGUGGAUCAGGAGCUGCUGACUCAGACCUUGUCGUUCCCGGGCAGCCCAGCAGCAUCACGUCCAAUUUGUCCUUGGCAGAGCUGCAGGCUGCCUCGGACGGCCCCUGCACCAUGCUGGCUGUCCCUGUGUACAUCCAAACGACUGAGUGACUGUGUAGAGAGCCACUGUGUGGCUCAGGGCUGCUGCUGGGGUUGUCAGACGUGGUGCUGAAAUUUGGCUCAGUGAAAAAGACCAAAGCUCUUGUGGGGAGGUGGAUGGAUAUCGGAGAGAAAGGCUUUCAUCUCCACUUGUUCUUCCCAUCCUUGGGCAAAGGACUGCUUGGAAGCCACUGAUGGCUACGAGGCACUGAAGGGAAUGGCUCUGUUUUUUCUUGUCCCUCUGCAUCACUGGUCAGCCUAGGGCAAGAAAGACUAAGAUCCCUGAAUCAGGGUGAGAAGAAGGAGCAAACAAACUUGCAACAAACAGAGCUGCUGAAAUCAGGUGGCUUUGCAAAUCACAGCCUGUCCCAUCUGUGGUUUUUCUGGCCUUGAAAGCUAUAUUGCCCAGUAUUUGGGUGGCCUUUCCAAGAGCAAACAAAUGAUCCUUCCUAGUGGAAGCAAGUUCAUCCUGAGAUCCUUCGGGAACACUGUUCAGAAACACCCUGACAGACUUGUCUGGUAUCUUUCUUUUCUCUGUCUCUUAUCAGCAGAAAGAUCACCGUGUCUGUACUACGUGUUAUAAACACCAUGGAGCUGGCACGCCGUGUGGAGUCGAUGGGUGGGAGCAGCUCUGUGGUGCUGGGUCCGGGCACACAUCUGCUUGGUGUUGCUUCCACAGCGGUGGUCUUACGGUUUUCUCCAUAUCCAAGGAUCUCCAAGUGCCUUAGAUAUCAGCGAGCCCAUCCUUGUAACAGUUGAAUGUGACACCUCCCUUCUUGACACUUCUGUACAGUGCGAGAAACUAAGGCCUGGGCGAGGCGACCUGUCCAGGGUCACACAGGAAACCUGUGAUGUGCCCACGAGCCAGAUUUGUAGCAUCUGCUCCGGACUGAGUGCUGCAGGGUACUGCUGUACUCCUCCAUUAGCUGAUUCCCAGCCCUACGUUCCCUUAGCUCAGUUUUAUGGGCUGGUUAAUAAUUUCAGUGGGUCGCUGUCAGCGGGGUGUCAGUGGUCAGGGAGCAAGGAAGUCCUGUGUGACUGGAACAACUCUUGUUGUCUACACGGUGUCUCCGAUCUGAUUGCCUAAGUAGGAGUCCCAAAAGCAAGGCGGGAACACCAAGCCCAGGGCACCUAAUGGGAGGGAACUGAAAAUUGUGUAACGUUGGGAAAGGAGCUGCGUGGGCAGGCGUGGAGCCCAAAGUAGGCAGGAGAGCAGUCGAGUGUGGUUUUGCCUGCUAGGCUCCCUCUUCCUUCCCAUGCCACACUCAGCCUUAGUUCGGUGCUGCCAUGAGGUGGUCCUGCCUGUUGGAAAAGGGAACUUGACCCAGACCUGGAGAAACACCCCUGCUGCCUCGGGGUCCACCUGGGACGUGCUGUCCCCAUGCUCUGCUCCCCGCUGCGUUUUUCUUAUUUCUUGUACAGGUCAGCAGAGCAGUUGGUGAAUUUUGGGUGAAGAGCUGAUCAGCUGUAGGUGCGAAGAUGCUGCCGUUUCAGCCUGGGGGUGGUGCAGGGCAGAGCACCGGGUCAGUCAGCUCUGGGUACCGAACGCCUGGCUGUGGGGUGCCCUGCCUCACCUGCUGCUGCCACGCGUGGCAACCUGUGGCUGUUUCUGGCUGCUGGCGCAGUCAGCCCAGCAUUACUGCUCCCACUGGUCUGACCCUGGUGCCUGCCAGAGCUCCAACCUGUGGCUGGACCUCCAGGUACUCCUCUUGUGUCCUUGCGGUGUAUUUUGCUCGAUUCCGAAACCAGGAGUUUGCAGGAGGGCGCAGAGAAGAGAAGAUGGGGCUGGACUCUUCAGAGGUGCAGAGGAACAGGAUGGGAGGCAACAAGGACGUGCCAGAACAUGGCAAAUUCUGACUCAGUGGAAAGAAGUGUUGGUCAAGAACAUGUCAGGCACUGUGACGAGGUUGUGGAGGGGCCGGGAGGUUGCGGUACCUGGUUGUACUCAAAACUCAGCAGUACCCCGAGCAUCCUGCUCUGAGGAAACAUGCUUGGAGGAAACGUUUCUGUGCUUCU